AAGCGGCGGCCCCGUUGCGCUGUGCUGCUCUCCGUGCGCCCCGCACCGCCCGGCCCCGCUCCGCACCGUUGCGCACCGCCUGCCCAUGGUGCUGCCCGGCCCGCCCGGCAUGGCCCGCUCCGAGGAGGUGCACCGCCUCACCGAGAAUGUCUACAAGACGAUCAUGGAGCAGUUCAAUCCCAGCCUCAGGAAUUUCAUUUCUAUGGGGAAGACCUACGAAAAAGCCUUAGCAAGUAUGACAUACGCAGCAAAAGGAUACUUCGAUGCUCUGGUUAAGAUGGGAGAGCUGGCCAGCGAAAGCCAAGGAUCCAAGGAGCUGGGAGACGUGCUCUUCCAGAUGGCAGAAGUCCACCGGCAGAUCCAGAACCAGCUGGAGGAGAUGCUCAAGUCCUUCCACAACGAGCUCCUGACGCAGCUGGAGCAGAAGGUGGAGCUGGACUCGCGCUACCUGAGCGCUGCGCUGAAGAAAUACCAGACAGAGCAAAGGAGCAAGGGCGACUCGCUCGACAAGUGCCAGGCAGAGCUGAAGAAACUCCGCAAGAAGAGCCAAGGAAGCAAAAACCCCCAGAAGUACUCGGACAAGGAGCUGCAGUACAUCGAAGCCAUCAGCAACAAGCAAGGGGAGCUGGAAAACUACGUCUCGGACGGGUAUAAGACGGCUCUGACGGAGGAGAGGAGACGGUUCUGCUUCCUGGUGGAGAAGCAGUGCGCGGUGGCGAAGAGCGCCAUCACCUACCACGCCAAGGGGAAGGAGAUGCUGACGCAGAAGCUCCCCCUGUGGCAGCAGUCCUGCUCCGAUCCCAACAAGAUCCCGGACCGCGCCAUCCAGCUGAUGCAGCAGAUGGCUGCCAGCAGCAAUGGCACCAUCAUGCCCAGCCCUCUGUCUACAUCCAAGUCCAACCUCAUCAUCUCUGACCCCAUCCCCGGUGCCAAACCUCUCCCUGUCCCCCCGGAGCUGGCACCUUUUGUCGGACGCAUGUCGGCGCAGGAGGCCAUGCCGGUGGUGAACGGAGCCUCGGGCACAGACAGUGACGAUUACAGCCACUGGGCUGAGGUGAAGCCAGCACAGCCCAAAUCUUUAUCUCCUCCCCAGCCUCAGAAGCAGCUGAGCGACUCUUACUCGAACACGCUUCCAGUUCGCAAAAACGUGCAGCCGAAAAACAGCUACGCCUCAGCCGAAAACAAGACGCUGCCGCGCUCCAGCUCCAUGGCCGCAGGGCUCGAGAGGAACGGCAGGACGAGGGUGCAGGCCAUUUUCUCUCACGCUGCCGGAGAUAACAGCACCCUCCUGAGCUUCAAGGAGGGCGACCUCAUCACGCUGCUGGUGCCGGAGGCCAGGGAUGGCUGGCACUACGGGGAGAGCGAGAAAACCAAACUGAGGGGCUGGUUUCCUUUCUCCUACACGCGUGUCCUCGACAACGAUGGCAGUGAGCGGGUGCACACGAGCCUGCAGCAGGGGAAGAGCAGCAGCACGGGCAACCUGCUCGACAAAGACGACAUCGCCAUCCCUCCACCCGAUUACGGCAUGUCCUCGCAAGCCUUCCCGUCGCAGAACGUCAACACCUUCAAGCAGAGGCCGUACAGCGUGGCCGUGCCCGCCUUCUCCCAGGACUACCUUAUGCCCUAUGGUUGUGCAAUUAAAGACUAUUCCAGUGGCCUCUGCCAACCACCCUCCGCCCACUACAAGCCUUACGCUAGGUCGACAGCUGGUCUCGAUGACUACGGGACGAGGUCAGUUAGCAGAAACCCCUUUGCCAACGUCCAGCUGAAGCCGACCGUGACGAACGACCGCUCGGCUCCGCUCAUCAGCUGAUGCCGGGAGCGCUGCCGCCGUGCCGGGUGGCACACGCCGCCUCCUCAUCGCCCGGUGCAUGUCUGCCUCCCCAGACCUUCAUUUUUAGGCAGAGUUUAUUUAAUCCUGCUGCUUCCAAAGCCAAAGGCUAAAGCUAGUGCCCUGAUUCUCUCACCCUUCUCUACAUCCUUCCUCCUCGCGGAGGCAGAGGGUUAAACCCCUGCCCCUGCCCCGACCCCCUGCUUGUGCAGACGGGAGCGCGGCGCUCUCGGCACCUCUCCUGUAGCCAGGUUUGCUUCUAGGAUUAGCAGCAGAUCGCAGGGCUGGGGAGAACGGCCUCAGCUGGCAGCUCCCCGAGGGCUCCCUGCUCUCCAGGGUGCAGCAGAGGGGAGAUGGGGCCCCCCCGGCUGGGCGGGUGCCCUCAGGCCCCCCAUAAUCCAAGGGGGGCUGAGCCCCACAGCCAGUGCUCAGCCUCCUGCGGGACCUCGGCCACUGGUGCCAGGGCUGCAGCCUGGGGAUGGGGCCGGCCUCUGCUCCCGGAGCUGCUGCAGCACCACGGCAGCGUGCACAGGGGGUGUCACGGUACUGCUGUAAGAUAUAAGCUAGGAAAAUACUUGAGGAGGGGCGGGCUCCGCGGAUGGGUGCCUGGGGUGGCUGCAGCGCCCAGGCCAUGGGGCAAGCUGGUGUUUGAAGGAGCGCUCCCCUAACAGGCUCGCCCCUCGAGCCCUCUCGCUUUGCUGGUUUCCCUUCCUCUAUUCCAAGGCUGCAUGAGCCCGAUAUAUCCACACGUAUACUCGCUGAGCUUACUGCUAGGGUGCGCGCCCACGAGCGAGCGCGCUGCACGGCGCUGGUGGCGCAGAGCUGCCGGCAGGAGGGGGCACCCUGCCCCGAAUCCCCCCAAUCCCCAACCUCAUCGCAGGAGCCGCUGUGGGGCUGGGGUGUGCUGCCCAAAUGGGAAUGGGUUUUCCAGGCAGGAUUUGCAUCUUCGCUGUGCCUGCAGCCGGGUGCCUGCGGCUGGCACCAGCGGGGCAGUGCCUCUGCGCUCCUGCCUCCCGCUCUCGUUGCCUUUUUGCACUUUUUAAUUGCUAGAGCUCAGAGGACCCCCUCGGUGGUUGCUUUGACGGUAGGUUUAGCCCAGGUAGCAAAGAGCCCCGAAUGCCUCAGCCGCUGUCUGCGGGUUCCACUUUAGGGCUGCUUCCCAGUUAGGCUCGGUUGCUGCUGUGCCCCUCUGAUGUGCGGCAGUUCCCCGGCACAGAGCGCAUCCUCCUGGGACCAGCCGGCUUCUGUCUGCUCCCCCGGGCACGGUUCUCUCCUGGCCACGGUGCUGUGUCUUCUACAAGGCUGUGCACCACCGCAGCCCCCAGCACCCUGCGCACCAGAGCCCCCCUCCUGCUUCCUCCGCUCUGCGUCCCCGGGGUGCUCACCUCCAGCUCCGCGGCUGCCACAACGCGCGUGGGAAGCUGCCACCGAAGUGUGUCCAAACCAGUAACACCCCAAAAAUGCAGUGCCGGGGCUGUGCAGAGCCUCCUGUCCGUGCCUGUGCCACAGGUGGGGGGAGAUCAGUUGGGAGCUGGGGGCAGCCACGCGGUGCCAGCCUUCGCCGUGCCUUCUUGGGGUCCCACAGGAGCUGGGGGGGCACCAGUUGAGGUGAAGGCCACAGGCAGAUGGGGGCAAGGGGAAGGGGCUCUGCUGGGGCGCAGGGCCACAGGAUAGGGCUGGGGGCUCGUGGCCAGGCAGGGGUCAGCCCCAGGUUCCACCUCGCCGCCAGCCCCACGUCGUCCUCUUCCAGCCCCACAGCAAGGGCCGCCCCCCCCCGGGGGCUUCGCUGCACCUCCUGGCUUGGUGGCACCUGCAAGAUGUAACCUGAAAGAAUUUUUUAUGAAAAAAGUAAUUUAUGAGCAAUAAAAUUUACCCCCCCACACACAC